AUAUAUACGUAAAGUCGUCGCCUGGCAACCGAAAUUGCGCGCGAUUUUUAUUCAUAUAAGUGUCAUAACCACCGGAAGUUAUGGUUUAUCUGUUGUGAAUGGGUUCAUUGUGAUGUAUGACCUACCUGUGUGUUACGGUUCACAUAAUAAUUAAAAUUUUGCGUUUAAAUUAAUAAUUUGCCGCAUGGUGUUCAAAUCCCUUAAGUUUCACGAGAAGUGACAAUUUUGGUAUUACUAAGUACUUACUAAUAUUUUAUAUUAUUACGUAUAAGUCAUCUAGAGUAACGUGUUCGCAAGUAGGUACUAUGUAAUACCAAUUACAUUUCCUAAUAUUCAUGCGAGCAGUCUCGGCAUAACCUCAAGUGGUGUUAAUAUACACGUAACUCAGUGGUACUAAAGUCUAAAAAUAAGGUGUGCAAAUAUGUGUGAUAGACAAUUGUUAAGGGAGAGCUCUUUGAAGAAAACAAACAAACCUGGACAAGUGAGGAGGAAGAACAGACAUGUGUCGAUAUCAAUUCCACAUAAUGAAAGAAACAGGCCAUAUAAACUGAGGACUAAGCUAAUCAUCGCAGCACUAGUUAUCUUGGUGUUUCUGUCAGCACUCAGUGGUUACAUCAUUGGCAGUGGAGACUAUAAAUCAUGGAAAGCUUCAGAGCCACCAGAUCCUUUGGUACCAUUGUUACCAUCACCGUCCAAGCUACAUGUCUUCCAGAAGGCUGCAGUAUGCACAGAUUCGCCUCAGUGUUCACAAAUAGGAAGAGAAAUACUGUUGAAAAAUGGCUCAGCUGUGGACGCUGCGAUAGCUGCCAUGUUUUGCAACGGAUUGCUCAACCAACAGAGCAUGGGAUUGGGAGGUGGAUUUUUCAUGACGGUAUACAUCAAAAGUGAAGAGAAGGCAUACACUGUGAACGCUAGGGAGACAGCACCGGCCGCUGCCACCGAAGACAUGUUCCAUGGAAACUACCAUAAAGCUUCCAAAGGUCCACUAUCAGUAGGAGUCCCUGGUGAACUCCGUGGACUAUGGACGGCAUAUAAACGCUGGGGCAAGUUACCAUGGGAGAGCCUGCUGGCCCCAACGUUGGAGAUUUGCAAUAACGGCUUCGUAAUGUCGAAAGCGAUGUACGACGGCCUGGAAAGCGCUCCGUUCAUCAAGAACGAUCCUCAACUGAGUAAACAAUAUUACAACCCGGCCAAAGGACAGUUCCACCGGCCAGGCACGACGGUGAAGCCAAGCGAGGCACUAUGCAAUACAUUGCAUCGGAUCGCUGAGAAAGGCGGCGAUGAACUUUACAACGGGAGCCUGGCGAAUGACUUCGUGGAAGACUUGAACAGGGUUGGCAGUAUCAUUACCGCGGAUGACUUGAGAAAUUAUGAGGCAAAAAUUGUGGAGCCACUCGUUGUGCAUCUCGGAAACGGCGACAUUCUCCACGCACCGCCGCCGCCGAGCAGCGGCGUCAUACUCGUGAACAUACUCAACAUACUCCAGGGAUACAACUUCACCUCCAAGAGUAUCAACACAACAGAUGACAAGAUACUCACUUACCAUAGGAUAUUAGAGGCCUUCAAAUAUUCCUACGCGACAAGAACUAAAUUGGGAGAUCCACUUUUUCUGGAUUUAAAAGAGUUGAUCCAGAACGUAACAAGUUCCGAGUACGGCGCGUCGAUACGGCUUCGCAUCAACGAUACUGCCACCAGUAACAAUACAGACACGUACGGCGCCACCCAGUACAACAAGCCUGACGCUGGCACUGCACACAUCUCCAUCAUAGGCAUCAACGGAGACGCUGUAUCUGUUACCAGCUCUAUUAACUUCUAUUACGGCGCCGGCUUCACAACCCACACCACGGGUAUCGUGAUGAACAACGUGAUGGACGACUUCUCUUCACCGGGGAUCACCAACUACUUCGGGCUGCAGCCGUCUCCUGCCAACUUCAUAGCGCCUGGCAAGAGACCGCUCUCGUCCAUGAGUCCUAGUAUAAUAACAGAUCAAAAUGGCAAUGCCAAGAUGGUGAUCGGCGCCUCCGGUGGCACUAAGAUUACAACGGCCGUCGCUUUGGUUACGAUGCGUAAACUCUGGUUUGGCCAGACGAUAAAACAGGCGGUAGACGAGGCGAGGAUACAUCACCAGAUAUUCCCAAUGAUAGCAGAGUACGAAUACGGCAUUACUGAGGACAUAUUGGAAGGAUUACGGAAAAAAGGCCACGGUAUGGUUCGCUACAGAGGUAGAGGGUCAAUCGUCUGCGGCCUCUACAGAAACAGAACGGGGAUUUAUGCAAACGCCGACUUUAGAAAAGGCGGUGAUGUUGCCGGUAUGGAUUAGAGAACUGAUUUGAUAUGACAUGAUUUAGAUGUAAGCGUAAAUCAGGCUUUUGUCUGACAUUUUAGAUUUUAAAAAUCGACUACAAGAUCUACGUAAGUAAAGCAUAAAGUGCUAUUCACAAAAGCUUUGGGUCCAGACUCGUCAGCAUGUCAAAUGGGGGAAAAGUUGCUUGUAUAAACAUAGCUUUGUGUUAGACGUCUCCGAACCUUCCCGAGCAUAUAGAGCAUACUUUAACGUAUGUUUGUGCCAUCAGUGCUAUCCAAUUCCUCUCACCAUCAUCCCGGACCAUGUGACAAAUUUUUGUCAUAUUUAUUUAUACAGGGUAAAAUUAUUUUACUAAAUCUACCGGUGAAUCUGAACUUUCCUAAAGAAUUGUGAGUUAAUAAUUGCCAAAAAGAGACGCAAAUACAAAUGCAAAUAAAAAUAGUAAAUUAAACAAAAUAAUUCUAAUCAACUAACCAAUGGCAAAAUAAUGUUUUAGUCCCAUAAUGUUAAAUUGACAGCUGAAAGCAUUAGUUCUCAGAGCAAAGAAUAUUUAGUUUAAAACGAAAAUAUCCUAUCGUCGUGAAACGCUUAGCGACAGAUCUUGUUUCAUAUAAAAUAAACUAAAACAGCACAUGUGAACUGCCAUGGUUUAAUUUUAACUUAUUGCUGCUCAAUGUGGUAAAUACUUAGGCUAAAGAAGGAAAAAAACAUUUUAUUGUUCAUCUAUUUCAGUCAAAAUAAGUUUUGAUUGAACCUUUGAUGUGUAAUUAUAUUUUUUUUUUAGUUUUAUGACGAAACACUUUUUAACGUUUGCUAUUACAUCGUAUUACAAUAUUUUUCUUUUAAUAUUGGCAAAGGGCUAGUGUUGCCUGUUAUGACACUAACAAACAAGAAACUAAAUAUAUUAAAAAUGAACGGUAAGGAUUUUGGUAUUACUGAUAGUUAUAAUUUGAUGUUAAUGAAAAAUAAAGGAAGUUAAGGAAUUAUACAUCAAAAGGAAUAGCUAACAGCAUAAAAUGGAUAUAAAUGUCGACAUAGUUGACAGCAUAAUUACAUAAACAAAAAAAAUAAGUGAAAUUAUUUAUGGCAUAUUGAAUUGUAUUCUCAAAUCAAAAUAAAAAAAAAAAACAGUUCCUAAAUUAUCCACAGAUAAUAAUAAUCAUGUUCCUUCUAUAAAUGUUUUAAACGCACGGUAUACUUUCAAUAUAUAUUUUUUAAUACCUAAUACCUCCACAAUAUUAUUAUAUUUACUAGCGAUUUGAAAAUCGUGAUCUUUUUAUCUCUUGACUAUAGUGAUUGGCAAUAAAUAUAAAAUUAGGCUAUGAAAUGUCUAUUUAUUGUGAAUAAAUUAAAAUUACAAAUUCAAAUGUGAUAGUAUUAGAUAGAAUACGAAUAAAUUUUACUAUGAGAUGUGCUGUUGAAUUUAAGUCUAACUUAAUUGAAUCUCAAUGUACCCACGUACAUAUUGUUAUUUUAAUUACUUACUUUUUACUAACUUAUGAGUGUUUAGCGACAGUAAAGAAUAUGUGGAUACAUACUUCUGCAUGCAAUUCAUGCAGAGCGUCUAUACCGAAACUGUUACCGAAUAAAAUAUCACGAAGUAUGUGAUUACAGCAGCAAACAAUGUAAUGUACAUGAAUACUUUACUCAUAUUAGAAAAAUAUGUUAUUUACUGAUUGGAAAAACUUAAAAAGCCUAUUAAAUACCUACACUUCAUAACUGUAAGAAUAAACGGAUCAACUUGCGUGUAUUUUUAUGAAGUAUGCUCGAUUAGUAUCGAUUCAAAACAUUAUUUAAUAUUGAAAAAUGAAUAUUGUCUGUUUUCCAUUACAAAUAAUGUGUAGUAAGCCAAUAAAAAUUGUUAUUUACCAGUUUCACCUAUAUUGUACUAAGAUUAAAAUAAAUAAAAAAAAUAAUAACAGUAAUUAUAACAUUGUACAUAGACACACAAAGUACGUAAAGUCAUUCCUCAUAAGACCUGCAAGUUUCAAUACAGUUAUAUGGAUUUAUGUCACUACGGCGUUUCCAUUUACGUAGCUACGCCUCUAGUGGAUAGGUUUGUAAACUCAGACUUUCACCGGAGUUUAUCGACAGUCUUAAUAAAAAAUCUUUUACUAAGUCAUUAUGGUCUAAAAUUUUAAUACAAUAUAACAACGGUCAUGUUAAUAAUUAAAGCAUCGCUUGCAGCGACGUUUAAUUAAGAUUCAAUUUAUAAAUUUCACAAAAUAUUGUUAUAAAAAUUGAACUUUGUUUGGAUCUAUAAUUAUGGCAUCGACUAAAUUACACAUUUUCUUCCGAGAACUUAUCCAACUACCUAAUUACAAUCUGAUCUGAUCACCGUCGAUAUAAAAACUUUUAUUUCUUGCUACCUAAAAUUGUUUAAAAAUUUGUAACUAGAUCAUGUUUAAUAUUAAUAGAUAUGUAAUUAGGCUUAGAUGUAUUAGGUAGUUACAACAAAAUUUAAUUGUUUAACAAAUUUAUAGACGACCAGAAGAAUUCGUAUGAUUAUUUAAUUAUGCAAUAAUUUCCAACUACUCGUAUAUACUAUUUAUUAUUAACAGAAUAUAUUUGAGCUGGGUGAUGAAAGAGAUAUCUAGAAAUGUGCGAAAUAUAUCCAAUGGCCAAUAAUUUAUAGUUAGGAUAGUAAAAUAAAAAUUACUAAAUUUACUUUUUACUUUAUUUAUAAACAUUACAAGAAGAUUCUGUCACAAAAAAAUAUACAUUUAAUUUAUUUCCUAUUACUUAAUGUUUGUAUAUGUACUAUACAUAAAUGAUUUAAUGACAGCCUAUGGUUGUUAAAUUUGAAAUUAAUGAAUAAAUAAAUAAUUGAAUUAAAUAAAUUUA